AUGCCGGCGGCGGCGGGGGACGGGCUCCUGGGGGAGCCGGCGGCGCCCGGGGGCGGCGGCGGCGCGGAGGACGCGGCCAGGCCGGCGGCGGCCUGCGAGGGAAGUUUCCUGCCGGCCUGGGUGAGCGGCGUGCCCCGCGAGCGGCUCCGCGACUUCCAGCACCACAAGCGCGUGGGCAACUACCUCAUCGGCAGCAGGAAGCUGGGCGAGGGCUCCUUCGCCAAGGUGCGCGAGGGGCUGCACGUGCUGACCGGAGAGAAGGUGGCCAUAAAAGUCAUCGAUAAGAAGAGAGCCAAAAAGGACACCUAUGUCACCAAAAACCUGCGGCGAGAGGGGCAGAUCCAGCAGAUGAUCCGCCACCCCAACAUCACACAGCUCCUUGACAUCUUGGAGACGGAAAACAGCUACUACCUGGUCAUGGAGCUGUGCCCGGGCGGCAACCUGAUGCACAAGAUCUACGAGAAGAAGCGGCUGGAGGAGGCCGAAGCCCGCAGAUACAUCAGGCAGCUCAUCUCUGCCGUGGAGCACCUGCACCGGGCUGGGGUGGUCCACAGUUACUGUCAGGAUGUCAAAAGCAAUGAAUUUAAUAAUGUUUUGAUCGCAAAGACGCCUGAGAGAAUGUUUCCUGAUGCCUUUUUCCCCCCUCCUCUUUUUAUUUUUUAUUUUUUUUUACUCCCUUUUCAUUUCUGCAAUUUCCUAAUUCGGAACUUGUGUUGUUCUCCUCUCUUUGCAGACUUUGGUUUGAGCAACUGUGCAGGGGUCCUGGGUUACUCCGACCCGUUCAGCACACAGUGUGGCAGCCCUGCCUAUGCCGCGCCCGAGCUGCUCGCCAGGAAGAAGUAUGGCCCCAAAAUCGACGUCUGGUCCAUAGGCGUGAACAUGUACGCUAUGCUGACCGGGACGCUGCCCUUCACGGUGGAGCCGUUCAGCCUUCGCGCUUUGUACCAGAAGAUGGUGGACAAGGAAAUGAACCCCCUCCCCACCCAGCUCUCCACAGGAGCCAUCAAUUUCCUGCGCUCUCUCCUGGAACCAGACCCUGUGAAGAGGCCAAAUAUUCAGCAAGCACUGGCGAAUCGCUGGCUUAAUGAGAAUUACACGGGCAAAGUGCCCUGUAACGUCACUUACCCCAACAGGAUUUCCCUGGAGGACCUGAGCCCCAGCGUGGUGCUGCACAUGACUGAGAAGCUGGGCUACAAGAACAGCGACGUGAUCAACACUGUGCUCUCCAACCGCGCCUGCCACAUCCUCGCCAUCUACUUCCUCCUCAACAAGAAACUCGAGCGCUAUUUGUCAGGGAAAUCUGACAUCCAGGACAGCAUCUGCUACAAGACCCAGCUCUACCAGAUAGAAAAAUGCAGGGCCACCAAGGAGCCCUAUGAGGCCUCCCUGGACACCUGGACCAGAGACCUUGAAUUCCAUGCUGUGCAGGAUAAAAAGCCCAAAGAACAAGAAAAAAGAGGAGACUUUCUUCACCGACCGUUCUCCAAGAAGCUGGACAGGAACCUGCCCUCACACAAGCAGCCCCCGUCCUCGCUCAUCACGCAGCUGCAGAACACCAGAGCGCUGCUGAAGGACCGCAAGGCCUCCAAGCCCGCCUUCCCUGACAAAGAUUCCUUCGGCUGCCGCAACAUCUUCCGCAAAACCUCCGAUUCCAAUUGCGUGGCUUCUUCUUCCAUGGAGUUCAUCCCCGUCCCUCCCCCCAGGACCCCCAGGAUAGUAAAGAAGCUGGAGCCCCACCAGCAAGGGCCCGGGAGCACGGGCGUCCCCGCCAAGGAAGACCCCCUGAUGCUGGACAUGGUGCGCUCCUUCGAGACGGUGGACCGAGACGGCCACAUAGAACUGCUGUCCCCCUCGCACCACUACCGGAUCCUGAACUCCCCGGGGAGCCUGGCUCGCAGAAAUUCCGGCGAGAGGACACUCUCCCCGGGGCUGCCAUCCGGAAGCACGUCGCCUCUCCACACUCCCUUGCAUCCCACGCUGGUCUCCUUUGCUCACGAAGAUAGAAACAGCCCCCCCAAAGAGGAAGGUGUGUGCUCCCCACCUCCGGUGCCCGGUGGCGGCGGCCCCACACAGCCUCUGGGGAGCCCGAACUGCGUGAAAAGCCGAGGCAGGUUCCCCAUGAUGGGCGUGGGGCAGAUGCUGAGGAAGCGGCACCAGAGCCUGCAGCCGCCGGCGGACAGGGCCCUGGAGGCCGGCAUGCCCCCGCUGCAGCCCUCGGCCCCCGCCAGCCUGCCCUUUGACGUGGCCGAUGGCCUCAAGGGCCAGUGCUGACCUGGGCCGCCGUGAUCCUGGGCGUCUCUAAAUAGACAAGCAGUGGAGCAGCGCUGCACGCGUCUGCCAGGGCCCGAACAGUCAGAGUCCUCGAGGGGAGCACCCUUUAUGGCCUCAUCUCUUCCCGCCGUGCAAUCCUGCCUGUAGCUGGAACCCACAGACCCAAAGCCUGCACAGUCCAGCCUUGCGUGGGGACCCUGGGACGCUGGGACCGGAGAGGAGUGUCGGCUCCUCGGGCAGCCGCUCCCAGCCAUUGGGGAUCCCCCUUCCUCCCACGUCCUGCCCGUGGCUGUCGCCCGGAUCACAGACUGUUACCAGCCCUCUCCUCACUCUGUUCGACACGGGUGCCUCUCAGAGGGUUGUUCUCCCAGCCACCGGCCACAGUCACACGGGGACCAGCAGCGUCACAAAGCCACUCAUCCAGGCCACGGUCUCCUCCCAGAGCGAAGCGCCCUUCCUUCUGUAGCAGCGAGUCCCUGCAGGCCGGCAGCAGCUGGCGACAGGGAGUGGGGGGCACGGGGACCUCCGGGAAGACAGCGAGGAGCCUCAGGCAGAGACUGAACCAAACGGGGGACCCUGUGGAAAGGUACAGACGGAAGGAAACACUCGCCUCCCAAGCAAGGUUUUGACCCGUGUUUUUUCUUUUAUUGAAACUUGCUAAACGGUUGAAUGAUCUUCUCCAAAGAGAUUUUUCUUUAUGUGAUGUCGGUACGUUGCAGUAACAUAAUUUUUAAAAACCUGGACAGAGAGACAAGAGGUGAUUCCACCGAACUCAAUGUUUGUACGGGACAGUGCAGCGCGGAGAGCAGAAUCGCUCACCCCGGUGAUGCGUUUAGUGGCAUUGGCCGGCGGGCGGGGCAGGAUCCAGUUGGCCCUGUGUUCAUCCCAUUGUAUCAACAGAGCCCCGAUCCUUCCGGAAGGUGUAGAACGUAGUUGGUUCUUUAGAAAGAGGGAAAAGGUGGUUGUGGCAGGAUUCAUGUGGCAAGAAGACGUCAUUACCUCUGCGGUGCGGUUUUCAAGCUGCCCGGAAAACAAGUGCAGUUUAGAGCACAGCCAGUUUGCUGCGGGCCGUGAACAGGUCUGCCCGGUGGGAACCUGUUCAGACACAGGCCAGUUUCUUCUUGGAGGAGAGCAGUGUCCCCCACACAGGGUUCAGUCCAUACUGUGUUUUCACACCUUUCACCAAGGAUCGAACCAAAGAUUUUGUGUCUGUUCUGUCCCUGUGUGUGCGUUUUGUGGAUCCCCGUGUUGUUUGACUGUGUCCAGCUGGAGCCUGGUGGUGGCUGUCCCCACAUGGGGCUUGGCCCUGGCAUUUGGCAGGGAGCACUUGGUCACGGACAGAGUUGGAAGAAGAAUCCAGAGCAUAGGUUGGACAGUGGUUGGUUUAGGAGACUGGAAUCUUCAACUUUUGACUAGUGCAGAUGGGACUGGAGACCGCCACUGUGGUCCCCCUGGGGUUGUCAUCUCAUCCAUUGGUUCCAAGACGGGCCUAGGCCCUUGGGAAUUGCAGAGCCAGCCCUCAUUUCCCUGACAACCAGCCCUUGCCAGAGGGCAGGGAGGUGGUCAUUUUCUUACUCACCAGUGGUGACUUCCUUUGGCCCCUCCCGUCUCUGAAUGAGCCAGAAGAGACCACUGUUUGGCUGAUCGCAGAAACCCCUUCGAUGCCCCGGUCUUGGCUGACGUUGGCAAGACCUGGAGCUGCUUCCUCCCUCCCAAGGGGACGACCCCAGCUCCAGGGUGCGUUAGGAGGAGGUCAGACUCCUGGGUGUUGGCGUUUUUUCCUGCGUAUAGCUGCAGACCGGUUCCAGAACUCGACAUUGAAAAUGGAGGGUUUUUAAGACUGAGAAGAAAUCUUCUAAGACUGACCCUCUCUCCAUCUGAUGUGAAGAGUUUGAUUUUUGGCUGGGGAAGGAAACUUUCCUAAGGGUGACCUCCAGCUGCAUCUGUCCCACUCUGCAAGUUCACGGGGUGUGCACCUGUGGGUUGGGAACUUUCUGGAGCCUCUGAUGUCUGCUUCUUGCAUUGUGCUUUCCUCAAGGACAGGAGCGUUUCCGCGUGGCUGUUAGCCCGUGGGGAGUGUGUUUCCCAUUCCUCGCGUGCUUCAGGAACAGCUGCAGAUACCGUGCCACUAACUGACCGUGUCGCCGUCGGCGACUUGGACUCAGAACUCAGGUUUAUUCUGAACACAGUGAGGGGCGAGGGGGGGUGAGGCAGGGGGGGAAAACUGUAUUUUUUUUGUGUGUGAGCACCUGACAAAUCUAUGAAACCAAGUGAAAGGAAAAAUGUUAAAUUCUUUUAUUAUUUUAUUAUAUUUAUAUGGAAAACUUGACUGUCCCUUUGGUAAGUACAAGGUGUAUUGUCUGUCUGACCCAUGGCUGUCCUCCUUAGUCUGUGCCUGUGAUUCCGGUCGGCCUGUAGUUACUGACGGGAAGGACUGAACUGCCAUCGUGUGACGUCCAGGAGGAAAGGUCCAUUGUAAUUGUAUGAUUUGGUCAUAAGUAAGGACUGUGUUUGUGUCACCACCAUUAAAUAUAUGUACUUUUCUAUUGACUGUGAAAUACACUUUUCGCUCACUA